GGCACGAGAAAUUGUAUUUAGCGUGGCUGCGAAUGGAGCGCGUGGAAUCAUAUGCAGUCUGAAUUACGCUCCCUGUGAGUUUUAUUACAAUAUAAGCCCAUUGCGAGAGCUGUUCCUGGGCAAAGGAUUGUUGUGGUAUAUUGUGCCGAGAAUUCUACGGAGCAAUAUACAUUAUGGAUGAAAAGACUAUACGUGAAAUAUGUGUUUUCUAAUGAAUUUGGCUAACAGAUUUUGCGAAAAUGAAAUCUCUCCCAAGGACGGGAAGAUUAUUAGUCUCAGGAGCAUUGUAAUUCAAACCUCACUCACUCACUCCACUAUUAUUGCCCGCCAUAAUAAAACCCACAUGCACACACGCGCAAAGACAAAGAUUCCCCGCACAGCCUUGACAGACCGCUGGCGCAAGUGCCGUUAACGAGCAGCACCCAUGAAGGCGAGUGGCCAAACACCACGCCCGGCCGCCUUUGUCUCCCCACCAGUGGCGACGUUCACACUCGUUUGAGGCUGGGUCGACCUAGUGGGUGCCCAGCACUGGCUCAAAAUCGUAGCGCAGCGCGCUAACCGCCACGCCACCGCCACAACCACCACUCCUCCUCGCUCCCACACAGCACAGCGCAUUCAGCGAGUGACUUGGCGUCUCUCACGCCAAGCCAAUCGCAAGCGAGGCACCCACGCUGCCCCGGCGGCGGUGGUGGUUCGGGGGGAGCUUUUUGUCUCGUCAACGUCGUGAAUGAGUGGAAGUGCCCACCGGGUCCAACCCCGCACGCCCGGUGCAUGCGCGCGCGCGUGCGUGCGUGCGGGCAACGUGAACGCGCUUUCGGCCACACGGAGCAGCCUGCAGCUGUAGCAGCAGCAGGGAGAGCAAGAGGCAGCAACAGCGGCAGGAGGAAGAGGGCAUCACCAUCGCAGCACAGACCGGCCGGACGUGGCACGUGUGUGAAGUGAAACCAUCUUCUCUAACAAUGAUCUUGACUGGGGCGUACCAGGCAGGUGGGAUGCCUGCGGUGGUGCGGGCUCACGCGCCGAUGCUGCGCUCCGGCCUCGCGAUGAAGCCCUUCUUCAACUUCCCGCUUGCGUCCCUGGGAUUCUACAGCAACUUCCACGCCAUGGACCCCAUGCAGAAGGCUGUCCUCUCCCAUUCCUUUGGAGUCCCAAAUUCUGCCACUGCGUCUGCACCCAGGAGAAGACACGUGCUGUGCUGCAACAUCUGCCAGAUCCGCUUCAACUCUGAGAGCCAGUCAGUGGCUCACUACAAGGGCACCAAGCACUCGAGGAGGCUCCAGGCCCUGGAGGGUGGCAAAGAGGCAACCGGCAGCUCCGCCGAGGACAACAAAAAUGGCCGUCAACUCAGCAGCCCACCUCGUCCUGCUGUGCGUAUAGAAGGCACGCGGUCUACGAUUUCUGCAGAAGAUGACAUCGCUGAUGGCAGUAGCCCUGUUCCACUGGCCAAUGCGAAUGGAAUCGGCAGUGCCUGCCCUUUACCCGAGCAGCUGUCGCACCUCGCCGAUGCCUCGAACAGGAGCGCUUCUCAAACAGCUGGACUAAGCUCCAGCGACGUCACCGUGGACCGGGACAGCGGUCCAGGCGAGUUUCCACCCAGAGCGGCUCAGCGGAGAGAGAGAGCGGCCACCGGCGCAGUCAGCGGCCAGGGCCACGACGGGGAGUCGGAGGAAGAGCGUGCAAAGCGGUUCCUCUACUGCUCGCUGUGCAAGGUGGCCGUCAACUCCCAGUCGCAGCUCGAUGCCCACAACAAAGGUUCUAAGCACAAGAUGAUGAUGGAGGCUCGCAAUGGCGGGGGAGCCAUCAAGGCCUUCCCCAGGCUGGGCUCUCGGCCCGCCUCCGCAGAGGCCAACCUUCCCAAGGGCUCGGGCCUCCAGGAUAAAACCUUCUACUGCGAGAUCUGCGAUGUCCACGUCAAUUCGGAGACGCAGCUCAAACAGCAUAUUACAAGCCGAAGACACAAGGACCGAAUAGCAGGCAAGCCCAUUAAGCCAAAAUUCUCUCCUUACAACAAGAUUCAAGGACAUUCCAGCUCAGUGGGGGGAAAACUGCCUCCAGGAUUUCUGCCGACGUCCCUCGCGGGCGUGAGGGAUCCACUGGGCCUGCAUGGGGCUCUGGGCGCCGCGGCUCCGCCAGCCUCCACCCUGACGUUCCACGUGGCGGCAGCGGCUCCGCCGCCGCCGCUGCUGCGUGCCGCCCCGGGGCCAAUCCGCAGUUCUCACCGGUCAAUGCUGUUCACACCCUACUGAGCCCUCGCCGGCUUCUGGAAGCCGGCUGCGAACGGUCAAAAUUCGUUUUAAACGUUUGGGUGGCCAACCUCCUGAAGUACAAAACUAUAUAACAAACAAAAAAACCCAGGACAUGUCAAUGGAAAGAAGAAUAUGUUAAAAUACUAGAAGAGGGGAGAACUACAUGUAAAUGCUUUGUCUUGAGUGCUGUAUUAUUAUUAUGCAACUGACAAAAAGCUGGACUUUUAAUGCCCUGGGAAGACUUGUGUAUUUCCCAGGACAGCUACCUCGACGGUGAGGGUGAUCCUGGGAAAACCAAGGCAGGUGGAAACUUUAUUUAAACUAUGCCCGUGAAGCAACCACAUCGGUGUUGUAAAGCGCAGUACACGUGUUGUGGUUUGUUACAGAGCAACAGUGAUUACAGGCAAUCGUAAUUGCCUAUCAUUGCUUUGGGUUCCCCACCCCCACCCCGCCCCCCGUAUAGUGUCAAUGGUGAUCACAAUGCGCUGUAGUGAUGGCUUGUUGUGGCCUUGUCGAUGGACCAAUUGGAGACACAACUAUGAUGUGACGUUCCUGCUCAGAUGCCCUUAUACCCCUGCCAUGUAAUCACUCUGAGAAGUGACAUCAGGGUCAGUCAGUGAUAUAUUGUAUUCUACUUGAGCCUACAUGGGCUCCUUAAUGCGUUCGACCUGGUCAAAGUUGGCCAUAAACGUAAAUGGAGAGAAUACAAGCAAACGAGGUAUUUCAUAGACAUAUGUAGGCUUCAAUAAUGUCAUUCAGAAUUUACAUUACAGCAGACAUCAAAAUAAUAAAGCAAAAAACACACCAAAUAAGAGAAGUAAUAAAACCUAAGAAUUCAUAUUAACCGUUUUUCAAUCUUUAAUAUAUUGUUUAUAAUGUUAUUCAAUCUUUUUUUAUUGUAUAUUUAUCUUCACUGCUAUCAUCGUUAUAUAUAUAUUUUGUAACGUGUUCUUUUUGUCUUGCUCCUUUGUGUUCGAAUAUGAUUCUACAUCUUUGAAAAAGAUCCCCCGUAUAGGCUGAACAGACUGUAGGGGCAAGUGCUGUUAGCGAGCACCUAUGAAGGCCAGCACGAUACACGAGGGGGUGGGUGACCAGCACCACGCCCGACCGCCUUUGUCUUCCUAGUGGCGAUGAAUUUACACCGCACCAGGUACUCAUUUGAGGCUGAGUCGACCUAGGGGAGGCCCAGGACCGGUUCAGAUAAUCGUCACUUGGGUCGCAGCAGCUCACAAACUGCUACGCGACCGCUCCCCACACACAGCCUGAUUGGUCAGUUCUGUCUGCGUGCAGAGUGCCAGGGGUAGAACACCCUUGCUCCUUCCCUGCCUUAUGACUGUAAUGGUGCUUCAUCCAUUUCGUCUGUAUGGACGUAUGUAUGUUGAACUUCUAUCGCACCGUUACAUAUCCAACCGUGCGAAUGGGUGGUGCGGAGAUCGUCUGGCGAAUUGAUGGGAGUUACUAUGUGAAACACAAGCUGUGCAUUAAUUCGGACCAAAAAAGUCGUCAUGCUAAAUGAGCGUUGGGCACGGCUCAUCUUCUUUCUCCAACACCAGCGGUCGGCAACCAAAAAUAACAGAAAGAUAAAUUUAUUUCGAAUUUGGUGGGGGGGGGGGGGACCCCUCAAUAUUUCAAGAGUCGCAAUGCACCGUGUGGUGCAAGGCCGUAGCCAUGGAGUCAACAUUGGGGGGGACAAAAUCUUCCAGGGGGUCUGAGGGUCCCCCCCCCCCUCCAGAAAAAAAUCUAAAUUUGAAAACGAAUUUCCUGCCAUUUCCCGCCUAUAAUAUAAAAAAAAAUCACUAACACAUGAGAUGGACUUUUACUUCUUUUUUACAAUGUCUAACAGUGUAUUGUAUUACAUUGCUGUUUUUUACCUUUUCUUGUUUCAUUGUAUAUAAUGGCAAAAAUUAGGGAUUAAUAAAGUACAACCAUAACCACAAUCAUAUAAACAGAAAUCUAUU